AUGGUCACGUCCGUCAAGGAGAGGCCGGCCUAUACCGGGAGUAUCGGCAUGAUGUGGGGUCUCGAGACCAUAUUGGGGCUUGUGGUCGGUGGUGCUUUGUCCGACUCUGCCAGCUGA